GUACAAAUGACCAGUGAUUUAGCACCACUUGAACAAAAAGUCAAAAGUUCCUCCAAUUCUCCGCUAAAUUUCACAUCGCCGUAGAUGACACCGAGAAGCUAAUCUCUGCUUCUCUCUCCACUGAAACUGAAAUCGGAGAAAACAAAAAAAUGGACACUCCCUACCCAAAACCCAUAACCCCAACCCAAACUCGCAUUGGCUGGAUUGGCAUAGGCGUGAUGGGCUCAGCCAUGGCCUCUCGCCUCCUGUCCGCUGGCUACUCCGUCACCGUCUACGCUCGAACCCCUUCCAAAGCCUCUCAACUCCAGUCCCAAGGUGCCCAUCUCGCCAAUUCUCCGUUCGAUGUCGCCAAAACCAGCGACUUAGUUUUCACAAUGCUGGGACACCCAGCAGAUGUUCGACAAAUUGUCUUAGACAACGAAAACGGCCUCCUUGCCGGCCUAAACCCAGGAGGAGUAAUGGUCGACACGACCAGCAGCCAUCCUGCUCUUGCCCGGGAAAUUUUUGCGGCUGCCCGUGAAAAGAAUUGUUGGUCUGUUGAUGCUCCAGUGUCCGGUGGCGACAUUGGGGCGAGGGAGGGGAAGUUGGCAAUAUUAGCGGGCGGAGAUGGUGGGGUAGUGAAGUGGUUGUCGCCAUUGUUUGAUGUGAUGGGGAGGGUGACUUAUGUGGGCAAUGCGGGUUGUGGGCAAAGCUGCAAGAUAGCUAAUCAAAUUACGGUGGGAGCGAAUUUGGUUGGGCUGAGUGAAGGGUUGGUGUUUGCAGAGAAGGCAGGGUUGGAUGUGAGACAGUGGUUGGAAGCGGCUAGGGAAGGGGCGGCAGGGUCGAUGGUGAUGGAGUUGUUUGGGGAGAGGAUGAUUGGGAGGGACUUCAGACCUGGUGGUUUUGCUGAGUACAUGGUGAAGGAUUUGGGGAUGGGCGUUGAUGUUGUGGAGCCAGAGAGCGACAAGGUGGUGGUGUUGCCUGGAGCUGCAUUGUCCAAGCAGUUGUUCUCUGGGAUGGUGGCUAAUGGGAAUGGAAAGCUUGGCACUCAAGGACUGAUUACCGUUAUAGAGAGGAUCAAUAGCAAAACCCAUGACAGGUGUCACAAUAUGGCCCGGGUUAGGAGAUGAUAUUGGGUGAGCGGGAAUACACAAAUUGGUCCCACUUAUGAAGGAAUGCUCUCAACAAAUUGAUUGAUCUGGAUGCUUUUCAUGGGUGACUUUUACAAUGUUUGAGAAAUUAUUAUAUGGUCCUCAUGGACCAAUCAUUGGUUGACGCUUUAUCCAGCCUUUUGAUUAUGUACCACUAGAUGGAACCAUGUAAUAAUUUUGCCCAAUAUUUACUACUAGGCGAGUUUUUGGUCUAAAAAGUUCUAAUCGCAAUUAUUGUGAGAAUCAAUAAUUCUUUUUUUCA